GAAGAAACUCUCGAUUGGAUACUCGCUAUCCUGGCGUCAGAGGAGUCAGCCAAUCAUAAUGUGCAUAUGCCCCCAGCGUCCCCGCCUCUUCCUCGAGGUAUCCUUUGGUGGCGGGAAAAGUUCGGAAGCUUUCGUGCCCGGGCGGAGUCAUCGUGGGGUCCUCCGCGCUACUUUUGGGGAGGCAGUUCUGAGGUCGCGGGCAUGGCGGGGACCGUGGUGCUCGACGACGUGGAGCUGCGGGAGGCCCAGAGAGAUUACCUAGACUUCUUGGACGAUGAGGAAGACCAGGGAGUUUAUCAGAGCAAAGUUCGGGAGCUGAUCAGUGACAACCAAUAUCGGCUGAUUAUCAAUGUGAAUGACCUGCGCAGGAAAAAUGAGAAGAGGGCAAACCGUCUCCUGAACAAUGCCUUUGAGGAGCUGGUUGCUUUCCAGCGUGCUUUGAAGGAUUUUGUGGCCUCCAUUGAUGCUACCUAUGCCAAGCAGUAUGAGGAGUUCUACAUAGGAUUGGAAGGCAGCUUUGGCUCCAAGCACGUCUCCCCCCGAACUCUGACCUCCUGCUUCCUCAGCUGUGUGGUCUGUGUGGAGGGCAUUGUCACUAAAUGCUCUCUAGUUCGUCCCAAAGUCAUCCGCAGUGUCCACUACUGUCCCGCUACCAAGAAAACCAUCGAGCGACAUUAUUCUGAUCUCACUACCCUGGUGGCCUUUCCAUCCAGCUCUGUCUACCCCACCAAGGAUGAGGAGAACAAUCCCCUUGAGACAGAAUAUGGCCUUUCUGUCUAUAAGGACCACCAGACCAUCACCAUCCAGGAGAUGCCAGAGAAGGCUCCUGCUGGCCAGCUUCCCCGCUCUGUGGAUGUCAUUCUUGAUGAUGACUUGGUGGACAAAGCGAAGCCUGGUGACCGAGUCCAGGUAGUGGGGACCUACCGUUGCCUUCCUGGAAAGAAGGGAGGCUACACCUCAGGGACCUUCAGGACUGUCCUGAUUGCCUGUAACGUGAAGCAGAUGAGCAAGGACGCUCAGCCUUCAUUCUCCGCUGAGGAUAUAGCAAAGAUCAAGAAGUUCAGCAAAACCCGUUCCAAGGAUAUCUUUGACCAGCUGGCCAAGUCAUUGGCCCCUAGUAUCCAUGGACAUGACUAUGUCAAGAAAGCAAUCCUCUGCUUGCUCUUGGGAGGAGUGGAACGAGAACUAGAGAAUGGCAGCCACAUCCGUGGAGACAUCAAUAUUCUUCUAAUAGGUGACCCGUCAGUUGCCAAGUCUCAGCUGCUGCGGUAUGUGCUUUGCACUGCACCCCGAGCUAUCCCCACCACUGGUCGGGGCUCCUCUGGAGUGGGUCUGACGGCUGCUGUCACCACCGACCAGGAAACAGGGGAGCGCCGUCUGGAAGCGGGGGCCAUGGUUCUGGCUGACCGAGGUGUGGUUUGCAUUGAUGAAUUUGACAAGAUGUCUGAUAUGGAUCGCACAGCCAUCCACGAGGUGAUGGAGCAGGGUCGAGUGACUAUCGCCAAGGCUGGCAUCCAUGCUCGACUGAAUGCCCGCUGCAGUGUGUUGGCAGCUGCUAACCCCGUUUAUGGCAGGUAUGAUCAGUACAAGAACCCAAUGGAGAACAUUGGGCUACAAGACUCGCUGCUGUCCCGGUUUGACUUGCUCUUCAUUAUGCUGGACCAGAUGGAUCCUGAGCAGGAUCGGGAGAUCUCAGACCAUGUCCUUAGAAUGCAUCGUUACAGAGCACCUGGAGAACAGGAUGGCGAUGCUAUGCCUUUGGGUAGUACUGUGGAUAUCCUGGCUACAGAUGAUCCCAACUUUACCCAGGAGGACCAGCAGGACCUCCAGAUUUAUGAGAAGCAUGACAACCUUCUGCAUGGGACCAGAAAGAAAAAGGAGAAGAUGGUGAGUGCCGCGUUCAUGAAGAAGUACAUUCAUGUGGCCAAAAUCAUCAAGCCUGUCCUGACACAGGAGUCAGCUGCCUACAUUGCAGAGGAGUACUCACGCCUGCGCAGCCAGGAUAGCAUGAGCUCAGACACUGCAAGGACAUCUCCAGUUACAGCCCGGACCCUAGAAACUCUGAUUCGACUGGCCACAGCCCACGCGAAGGCCCGCAUGAGCAAGACUGUGGACCUGCAGGAUGCAGAAGAGGCUGUGGAGUUGGUUCAGUACGCUUACUUCAAGAAGGUUUUAGAGAAGGAGAAGAAACGUAAGAAGAGAAAUGAAGACGAAUCAGAGACAGAAGAUGAAGAGGAGAAAAGCCAGGAGGAACACAAGCAGAAGAGGAAGAGGAGGAAGACCCGCCAGUCAGAUGCCAAGGACGGGGAUCCAUAUGACCCCUAUGACUUCAGUGACACAGAGGAGGAGAUGCCUCAAGUGCACACUCCAAAGACAGCAGAUUCGCAGGAGACCAAGGAAUCCCAGAAGGUGGAGUUAAGUGAAUCUAGAUUGAAGGCAUUCAAGGUGGCCCUCUUGGAUGUGUUCCGGGAAGCUCAUGCACAGUCGGUAGGCAUGAAUCGCCUCACAGAAUCCAUCAACCGAAACAAAGAAGAGCCCUUCUCUUCUGUGGAGAUCGAGGCUGCCCUGAGCAAGAUGCAGGAUGACAACCAAGUCAUGGUGUCUGAGGGCAUCAUCUUCCUUAUCUGAGGAGACCUUGUCUCUGAACGGGGACUGUGUGGAGAGUUUCUCCUAUUUCUUGUCCCCCUCACGCACCCUGGUCUUGGCCUUCAUUUCCUGAAUAACGGUGUUUAAAUUGAAGGUGAGGGACAUGGUGACGAAGCUGAAUCAGGACUUGUGGAAGCUUUGGGAAUGGCUAAUGAGAGCUGCUUGUGGGUUCAGGGAAGAGAAGAAAGUGGUGAAGGACCAGGACUAGUGUAUCUGCCUCGCAGCUGGAUCAUGCUCUCUCCUCCUGUCCCCAAACAAGCCCAGCUGAUAUUGUCUGUAAAUAUUACAUGACUUCUGAGUACUUUUUUGGGCAAAGCUGGUUUGUGCUUAUCUUUUAUGUUGGCUGUUUUUUUUUUCUCCAGAGCACUUUGAUCUAAACUAGGCUCAGGUGGUUCUGUGCUUGUGGAGAGAAGCUGAGGCGAAUCAUGUAGGUCAGGAAAGCUUUCUUGCAGUAGCACCAGUAAGGCUUAGGUAUUUUUGAC